AUGGAAAUGGUGCCUAGCGAGGAGAACCAGUUCGUACCCAAAGAGAUACAAAAUGCAGCAGAGGAGCCUAGAGUGCUGUGCAUAAUUCAGGACACCACCAGCGCAAAGACGGUCAAUGAGAAGCUGACGCUGAACCUUCCUGCUUCCACCACUCUCUCCAAACUUUAUGAGGAUGUUGCUCACAAAGCAGGAUAUGUGAAUGGCACCUUUGAACUCGUCUGGGGAAAUACACCAGAUAUGGCACCUCUGGACCACAGCAGUGACAUGUCCCUCUUAGAUUCGGGGUUUGAACCUGGAGGAAAGAGGAAUUUCCUCCACCUCACAGACAAGGAUGGAGAACAGCCCCAGGUUGCAUCGGAUGAGUCAGGAACAGCAGACAGCAGUGGGUUGGAUGACAGCUCUCAGGAGCGUUUUAUUGGACCCUUACCAAGAGACGGCACUGCAGGAUGCAGCAGUGACUACAGCAGCCCGUCUUAUUCGUACUCCUCCAUCCUCAACAAAUCUGAGACGGGCUACGUUGGCUUGGUCAACCAGGCCAUGACGUGCUAUCUGAACAGCCUUCUCCAAACACUGUUCAUGACCCCAGAGUUCAGAAAUGCACUCUACAACUGGGAGUUUGAAGAAUCGGAGGAGGAUCCAGUCACCAGCAUCCCCUACCAGCUGCAGAGGUUAUUUGUUCUGCUGCAGACCAGUAAGAAACGGGCAAUUGAGACCACUGAUGUGACCCGAAGCUUUGGGUGGGACAGCAGUGAAGCUUGGCAACAGCAUGAUGUCCAGGAGCUGUGCAGGGUCAUGUUUGAUGCCUUGGAGCAAAAGUGGAAGCAGACAGAGCAGGCUGACCUGAUCAACCAGCUGUACCAGGGGAAGCUGAAAGAUUAUGUGCGGUGUCUGGAGUGUGGCUACGAGAGCUGGAGGAUUGAUACGUACCUGGACAUCCCACUUGUAAUCAGACCCUUUGGAGCCAGCCAGGCCUAUGGCAGUGUGGAGGAGGCUUUGCAGGCAUUCAUCCAACCAGAAACUCUGGAUGGGCCCAACCAGUACUUCUGUGAGCGCUGCAAGAAAAAAUGUGAUGCCCGGAAGGGUCUGAGAUUUCUGCACUUUCCAUACCUGCUGACACUACAGCUGAAGCGGUUUGAUUUUGACUACACCACUAUGCAUCGCAUCAAACUCAAUGACCGCAUGACUUUUCCUGAGGAGCUUGACAUGAGUCCAUUCAUUGAUGUGGAGGAUGAGAAGUCGCCCCAGACCGAGAGCUGCACUGACAGUGGAGCUGAGAAUGAAGGCAGUUGCCACAGCGACCAGAUGAGCAAUGAUUUUUCCACUGAUGAUUGUGUGGAUGAGGGCAUCUGCCUGGACAGCAGUGGCAGCUCAGAGAGAGCGUUGAAACCAAAGAGUUUGCUGACCUUUGAGCUGUUUUCUGUCAUGGUCCAUUCGGGAAGUGCUGCAGGCGGCCACUACUACGCCUGUAUCAAAUCCUUCAGUGAUGGACAGUGGUACAGUUUCAAUGAUCAGCAUGUUAGCAAGAUUACACAGGAUGAUAUAAGAAAGACAUAUGGUGGUUCCUCAGGGAGCAGAGGCUACUAUUCCAGUGCCUUUGCAAGCUCUACAAAUGCAUAUAUGCUGAUUUACAGGUUAAAGGAUCAGUCAAGGAAUGCAAAGUAUUUAGCGGUGGAAGACUUCCCAGAGCACAUAACGAGUUUAGUUCAAAAGGAGAAAGAGUCUGAGGAGCAGGAGAAGAGACAGAGGGAGAUUGAGCGCAACACUUGCAAGAUUAAGCUCUUCUGCAUGCAUCCAGUGAAAAUGAUGAUGGAGAGCAAGCUGGAAGUGCACAAAGACAAAACUCUCAGAGAGGCAACAGAGAUGGCCUAUAAGCUGAUGGAGCUGGAGGGAGUGGUCCCUCUGGACUGCUGUCGAUUGGUGAAAUAUGAUGAGUUCCAUGAGUAUCUGGAGCGCUCCUACGAAGGUGAGGAGGACACACCGAUGGGCCUGCUGCUGGGAGGAGUUAAGUCCUCGUACAUGUUCGAUCUGCUGUUGGAGACUCGCAGGCCAGAGCAGGUGUUCCAGCCUUACAAACCUGGAGAAGUGAUGGUGAAAGUUCACGUUGUGGAUCUGAAGAGUGAGACCAUCGCUGCUCCAAUCAGUGUGCGGGCGUACCUGAACCAGACCAUCACUGAAUUCAAACAACUUAUUGCACAGGCUACAGGACUUUCUGCAGAAACCAUGCGUGUGGUCCUGGAGCGCUGCUAUAAUGACCUCCGGCUCCUCUAUGUCCCAAACAAGACACUGAAAGCUGAAGGGUUCUUCAGGAGUAACAAGGUUUUUGUGGAGAGCUCUGAGUCGACAGAUCAUCAGGUUGUAUUCACUGACUCACUCCUGUGGAAACUGUUGGAUCGUCAUGGGAAUACAAUCCGGCUCUUGGUCUUACUGCCUGAACAGUCCCCUGGUACUUUGGCUAACAGAACUCUUUGCCAAAAAGCAAGUGGUGACUCUGAUGUGGCCUUCGAGGGCUCAAAGGGUAACAGAAAGUCUGUUGAGGCGAUUCUCGAGGAGAGCACUGAAAAGCUGAAGAACCUGUCUCUUCAGCAACAGCAGGGAUCCAGCACCAGUGACAGCCAGAAAAGUUCUGAUGCCAGUGACUUUGAACACAUCGAAUCUCCGACCCAAGAGGCUGACUCGAACUCUUCUCUGUGUGUGGCGGCAGACAACAGAGAGCUGGAGAACCGGAUCAGGGCGACACCCGGGGGCAGCGGUGGCGCCUCAGACCCAGAGAACCACUUCACCUGUGAGGAGCGCUCGGACUCUGAGGUCAACAACGACCGCAGCACCAGCUCUGUGGACAGUGACAUCCUGAGCUCCAGCCACAGUAGUGACACAUUAUGUAAUGCAGACAGUGGGCCCAUCCAGCUCGCAAACGGCCUGGACUCGCACAGCAUCACCAGUAGCCGACGCUCCAAAGCCCACGAGGGCAAAAAAGAGACCUGGGACACUGCUGAAGAAGACUCUGGAACAGACAGCGAGUACGAUGACAAUGGGAAGAGCAAAGCUGAGGCUCAGUACCUGUACUUCAGAGCGGAGCCCUGCUCUCAGGACGAGUCGACGUGGGAUGCACAAAAAUGUUUAGUGGUUCAUGUGGACAAGAGGAUAACAUUAGCAGCUUUUAAGCAGAACCUUGAGCCAUAUGUGGGAGUCGCAUCAACACAGUUCAAGGUGUUUCGAGUGUAUGCCAACAACCAGGAGUUUGAGAGCGUACGGCUUAAUGAGACGCUGUCAUCAUUCUCUGAUGACAACAAGAUAACUAUUCGACUUGGAAGAGCCCUUAAAAAGGGUGAAUACAGAGUUAAAGUGUAUCAGCUACUAGUGAAUGAACCAGAGCCCUGCAAGUUCCUCGUGGACACGGUGUUUGCCAAGGGCAUGACUGUCAGACAGUCGAAGGAGGAACUGCUUCCUCAGCUCAAAGAGCAGUGCAAGCUUGACCUCAGUAUUGAGAGGGUUCGUCUCAGGAAAAAAACAUGGAAGAACCCAGGAACAGUGUUUCUAGAUUACCACGUCUACGAGGAAGACAUCAGCAUCUCCUCCAACUGGGAGGUUUUCCUGGAAGUCCUCAAUGAACCAGAGAAGAUGAAGUCCAUGUCUCAGCUGGCUGUUCUGACCCGGAGAUGGAGUCCUGCUACAAUGAAGCUCGGGCCUUUCCAGGAAGUGAUUCUAGAAAGCAGCAGCGUAGAAGAACUCAAGGAGAAGCUUAGUGAAAUAAGCCAAAUUCCUCUUGAAAACCUGGACUUUGCAAAGGGCAGAGGGACGUUUCCUUGUGAUAUCUCUGUGUUGGAGAUCCAUCAGGAUCUGGACUGGAACCCUAAGGUGUCCACUCUUAAUGUGUGGCCUCUGUACAUCUGUGAUGAUGGAGCUGUGGUUUUCUACAGGGACAGCACCGAGGAGCCCAUGGAGCUGUCUGAAGAGGAGCGCAAUGAGCUGAUGAAGAAAGAAAGCAGCCGCCUGCUCAAGACCGGACACCGCGUCAGCUAUUCACCACGCAAAGAAAAAGCCCUCAAAAUCUACCUGGACGGAGGCCCUGCCAAGGACCCAGGACAGGACUGAAGCACAGACCGCCGCUGCUGGUUUUUGGCUCGUCUGGAUGCUGCGGCGUAGCGACCAGACCUGGACUCAGUCUGAGCAUCAGGCCCGAUAAUGACUUGAACUUCAAGCAGCGUAGUGAGGCUGAUGAGCUCUCAGCCUCCACUCUGAGUGCCACGAUGGACUCAGACACCCUAUUGUGCACUAUAGUGUAUUGUACUGUAAAGUUUAAAGGGAAGUACAAAAGCUAUUCAAUACAGAAAAAAAGAAAUCAAAUACUGUAUAGACAAAUCAACUGAAUGCAAAGUUCCAGAGGUGGAUGCAGAGAUGUCGGGCCUGGAGGGCAUCCAUCAUGUCCAUUGAAGUCUCCUGUCUCAUUUUACUUCAGUCUCUCUCUCUUCUGUCACCAUUUCUGUUCCUGUUUUGGGGAGAAAGUGUUAAUUCUGAUUCAUCUGUGAUUGUCUUGUUAGUCCAUAUGCUCACACUUCUGCCGUACUGCUACUGGAGAAACCAUUAUUAAUGUAACACUCUUGCAUUGCUCAUGUUCCUUUUAAUACUACAAAACUGACAGUACAUACAACCCCAGUCUUCCUCUGGAGACAUAAUCCUCACUUUCUGUGACUUGGAAGAGUUGAGAAGUCAUUCAUUUGAAUAAAAAAAAAAAAGUAACAAUUAAGAGUUGAUGAACUGCUCCUCUAAUGCCGGAGUAAUGUGUCGUAACGGGUCGUCAUUACCGCUCAGUAGGAGCUCUGCCUCUGUUACAUCACUUCCACUAGAUUUAGUGAUACAUAAGCCAUUGGUCCUUUCAUACAAAAAAGUACAAUGAAGCAAAACCCAGUAGACUACGUUAACAAACUCCUUGUUUUGUUUCUGUUUGUUGUAAAUUAUUAUUUUUGCUCCUGACUUAAUCAUCGUUGGGUCUUGUGAGGCACCAGGCACACAUCUGUUGUCUAUAUUAACCUUUAAUUUAGAAAGUGGAUUUCUUUGUUUUUGCACCAUGUGAACUGGGUAUUCUUCAAGUGUGUGUGUCCGUCUGUAAGUAUGUGUGUAUGUGUGAGUUGUACUGAGGGGAGGGGGCUCUACGGGGGGUAGGGGGUUCCAGGGAGCGUGAGGUUGUUUUGGCACUUCUACUGCUGCUGCUUGAUAGACUGACCCCAGAGGCUGCAGAAGUCAUCUGGAUGCCUCAGUCUGCCUGGGCUCCUGCUCUGAGGACUGAAGCUCAGCAGCCCAGUCCCUCUGGGCUUCUGACGCUGCCACCAGCUUUCCACUGUAGAAAUGCCAAUAUCUGAAGAUUUUUUUUUUUUUUUUUGUUGAUGUUUAUUUCUCUGAGAUUUAAAUCCUGUGUGAAAAUAGUUUAAGAUGAUUUUAGAAAUGAAUUAAAAAUGCUUUUUUUU